AUGUGCUACUUAUUUAUAUCUCAUGCAUGAAAUAAGCUAUUCCAAACAGAUAAUUUCAGUUCUGGUAAUAGAAGAUAAAUGCAAGUGUGUCUGCAGUUCUUUCUCAGUAAAUGAGGAUAUGACACAUUGCCAGUCACCGUGCUUGGUACAGCUCUUGUUUUGUCGAGUCCAGACAGAGUGCGAGGCUGUGCCUGUCUGAGCUUUCAGACGCUCAAGACUUCAGUUAAUUUACAGAUGAUUAUUUGUUUUCAGCUCCUGUAGAUACAGAUGCCUUCUUUACUCAGUCUGGAGUAUGUCAUUCGAUAAGAAGUCAGCUCCAACUGCAUGAAGCUCAAUUUUUGUAAUUUGUUUGUAGAAAUGGCAUGUUCCCCCUGCAUUAUAAACGCAGCUGUGCAGCAUUUUCAAGAUGCAUGGUACAGCUUGUGCCAUCUUAAAAUGACAGUUUCUUUCCAGAUGCCUGUAUUUUCUGUGUAUAUAAUUUCAUAAAAUCACUGAACAUAAGGAAUGAAAGACUGGCUUUGUUUAAAAAGAAAACAAUAACACAUAAAUAGGUGUCCCAUCAACAUAAAUUCUAGCUUUGGAAGUUAUUUACCUCUUUGUAAGUUAUUUUAUCUGGCCAAGUUAGCAAUGCAGAUGCGCUUGGAGUCCGUGUGAAUUGAUGGACGUGUCCUAUUGAAAUUUCCUACAGCAGUACAAGGGUGUGAUUCACCAGGGAAGCAUCCCCGGCCGUCACACCAGCAACUGAACUAAUCCACCGUGCUCUCUCACACGCACAGUGUGCAGCCAAAAGAUGACAGCAUGCUGAUGGCUUUUGGAGAAAAGAAAGUUAACUGUGCUCUUAACGAAUUCCACCUAUAAAAUACGCUGUGUACAUACAUAGGAACUUACUGUAAUUCAUUCUACUUGCUGAACUUGAUGCUUUCUUUUUCAGAGUGUGUCAGGCAGUAAUGAGUACAGGCCCGAACCCCGGCAGCCCCGUGCGAGAAGGAGCUGAGCUCAUGCCGUGUAGGUACAGAAAAUUGAUUCUUGUGAGGCUCUGGGACAUUUGAAAGUGAUUUGGAGAGAGCAAAGUCUGUGUCUGAUGGACACCGAACCAAAGCCAGCGUGUGUUGUGCAGCAGGCUCACUGCCCAGGAAUGAAGUGCCCUCCUUCAGAGGACUUUCCUCCUCAGAUAAGACUGUCUGAAAAGAUACCACCAGUGAAGCCUUGCUUCAAGAAGAAGCAGCAAGUGCAGAAGAGAUUGGACACAGAAACUCUCCGGGCUUUGCGGCCAAUCUUUACCAGUUUGCUGGGAGCUGGGACCUUGGAUAGGGUCUUCGUGCCCCGAGGCCAAGGUGGCGGUCAUAGUGAUUUAUGUGAACCUGCUGUGAAAAAGACCCUGGAACUCGGUACUUCUUGCUCCCAACCAGAAAGUAACGUGACUGCAUUGAUGCCAACAGCUCCAGAUGUGCAGGGUCAAUUGCCAGUAGCUGCUUCUGGACAUCCUGAGCAGGAUGUCCAGUCAGGAGAGCAAGGCUUCUCACCAGAAACUACUCCUGGAACUGCUGCUGCUAACAGUAAUGAUUCAUUCCAGGAUCAUCCUUUGCACCCAGCUUCUAGUGAUGGUGCAGUUUGUCCUUUGUUCCCAGACAAGAUUCUGGAAAACUACACAUCUGGCUUAUUCCAAGAGAAUAGCUGUCCAAUGCAAUACAAUUUGAACAUAAGCAAUAAAUUCAGUGCUGGGAUAUUCCAGGAUAAAAGUGAAGAAGCUUCUCUUGAUCUGGUAUUUGAGCUCUUGAACCAGCUGCAAUAUCACACCCAUCAGGAAGACGGAAGAGAAAUCUGUGUGGAUUUUCUCCAGGGCACUUGUGUUUAUGGCAGGGAUUGUCGCAAACAUCACACGGUCUUGCCUUAUCAUUGGCAAGUGAGAAGGACAGCAACCCAGAGCUGGCAAAGUGUGACCAAUGAUUCCCAGGAGCAUCUGGAGAGACUCUACUGCAACCCUGACAAUGAUAGGAUCAAAGUGAAAUAUCGGGGACACGAGUUUUGGGUGGAUUUGAAUGUUAUGAAAGUGUAUGAAACUGUUGAGUUUGACCAAAUGCGGCGGCUGUCCACACCUUCCUGCCCCAGCUCCAGCUCCAACUACUACACGGUCUGGAAAUACUUCUGCAGGGACCACUUUGGCUGGAGAGAAUACUCUGAGCCUGUUGUAAGAUUGAUAGAAGAAGCCAGCUGUCGGGGGCUGAAGGAGGUUCGGUUUGUUACCUGGCAUAAUCAGUAUAUCUUAAACAUCAAAGAUGGAUUCCAGCAAAACGCGUGUUUCAGAAGAGAAAUCAAGAGGAGACCCCUUCUUCGCUCAUGCAUCGUGCUGAUGCCGUUUUUACAGACCUUAGGUGGCAACCCUCCGGUGCCCUCUCCAUCAGCUGAACCAGCUCCCUCACAGGUCUUAUCUCCAACUGCUGUUACCUCUCCAAACUUCUAUCCUGAAACCUGGAUUAGUAUGGAUCCAUCUCAGGACUUCAUCCAAGUGCCUGUUGUGAAGGAAGAUAAAAGCUAUAGAACCAUUUAUAACCUGUUUCACAAGACUGUGCCAGAGACCAAAUAUAAAAUUUUGAAAAUUCUGAGAGUGCAAAAUCAGUUUCUUUGGGAGAAAUACAAAAGGAAAAAGGAAUAUAUGUCAAAAAAAAUGACUGGGCUUGACAGGAUAAUGAACGAAAGGCAUUUGUUCCAUGGCACCUCCCAGGACGUGGUGGACGGAAUCUGCAAGCACAACUUCGACCCGCGCGUCUGUGGGAAGCAUGCCACCAUGUUUGGACAGGGCAGUUACUUUGCCAGGAAGGCAAGCUAUUCCCAUAACUUUUCCAAAAGGUCACCCAAAGGAGUUCAUUACAUGUUCCUGGCGAAGGUGCUGACAGGGAGGUACACGGUGGGUAACCACACCAUGAGGAGACCUCCGCCAGUGAACCCCGGCAGCAUUACCAGCGACCUCUACGACUCCUGCGUGGACAAUUACUUUGAGCCACAGAUUUUUGUCAUUUUUAAUGAUGAUCAGAGCUACCCUUAUUUUAUUAUCCAAUAUGAAGAAGUUAGCAACACUGUCGCCAUUUGAAAACUUGUGCUGCUAAAUUAUUAAUUUUAAUAAACUCUCUUAUCUGGCAUUUGUAGCAGUUUUUGUGGAGAAAAAAAAAAAAGGACGUUGUAGAACUGAUUAAAUUACUCAUUUGGAAGGAAGUAAAUCUCAAAAGAUAGAAAGGAAGAUCUGAAGUGACCAAUUGUGCACUUGCUGUUUGAUUAUGUAUGUGCAAAUUGUAAAUAUUUUUCCAUUGUUUAUAGUUGAAAAUCUGUGCCUUUUGUUAUAAAACACUGUUUAUUUAUGUUAGUAAAUAUUCAUGUUUAAAAA